AUGGUUUCACUCUCAGUUUCAGCUCCAAAAACCCAACAAAGUCCGUUCAGAAGGUUGAUCUUGGGUGGGAAGGAUAGGUAUUAUUACCGGGUUCCGGCUUAUGGCGUUGAUCAUGGCUUUUGUGAGGUUUCUUGGUCUUUUAAGGAGAACAAUGGGUGUGAGAGGGUUGUUAGGAGAAGGAAGGGAGGGUUUGGGGGAGUAAAGUUGCGCGAGAGGCGAUGUUUUAGUGGGGUCGAUGAUGUGGAGGCUGUGAUUAGUUUGUUGAGUGAGGAAGUGAGUGAAGAGUGUUCGGGUGAUGCGGAGAGAAAUUGGGGUUUGUCGAAGAGAGUGGAAAUGGAGAAGAGAGGGAAUUACAGUGGUGGAGUUCGUAAGUGGAGGAUGAAGAAGAAUGUUGGGCUCAGUUCAUUGGAGAGUGAUACAAAAUCUGAAUUCGAGUCAGCUAAAGUUGAGUUGAGGAGAGGAGAGGUUAUGAGGAAGGAAGAGAGGGAAGACAGGGAAGAAAAAGAAGAAAAGAAAGCAGCUUCAAAGGGGGGAAAUCACAGGGAAAGGAGAGGGAGCUCUAGUUUUUCAUCAUAUUACUCACUUUCUUCAGCAGGAGAUUUUGAGAGGGACACAGAAGCUCAGGAUGAGUAUGCUGAUUGUCUUGAAGAAUCAUCAAGUGGAUGCAGGAAGGAAUUAAGAAGUGGAGAGGGUAGAUUAGAGAAGCAAGUUGUGGAAGAAUUUAAGCGGUAUAGAGAUGGCAUGCAGUGGAAGGGGGAGCUAUCAGAAGCGAGAACUGGUGGAAGAAGGACUGGUGUCGAGUGGGAUUUGAGGAAGAAAUCUGAGAAGAAACUUACCGGGAUUGAAGAAACACAAUCAGGAAUAGAAUCCUCACAAAUGCAAUCGAGAAUGGCAAGAACCCAUGAAAGUGAUUACAGGAAGGUAUCAAAUUCUCAUAAGCAAAUUAACAAAGAUGAAGAGGAAAGUUUGGCGGUUAAUUUGGAGAAAGGAACAAGAAAGCAAUAUGGUGAGAUGGGUGAUCAGGUCAAAGAGCAAUCUGAAUUUAGAAGAAAUUACCAGGAUAUUGCUGAUAAACAGGAGAGCAGUGGACUAAAUGCUGAAACAACUUUCAAAUCCCAAAAGCGGUUCAGCGGUAGAGAAGGAAACCUAGUGGAUGCAAAUUUGGUUUUGGAAGGAAGGGAUGAGCGUUAUAAAGUAGUUGGUGAAACUGCUGCAAAAAACAAUAUAAGAAGAGCUACUCACCAACUCACUGACACAUCAACAAUUGAGAAUGUCAGUACUGAAAGAGUUUCAAAUUUGCAGAGGCAAUCUGAAUCUAGAAUGAAGAUUCUGGAAGAAGAUAGAGCUCUAGGCUCAUUUUAUGAGACAAAUGAGCAACAAUUCCAAAUGGGUGGGCGCCCAGCUGGACAAGUUCAGCCAAGAAGUUCACAACAGUUAUCUAAAAUACCAGAAGUUCAUGACAGUACUAACAAAAAGACUUUGAUUUUACAAUCAGAAAGUAGAAUGAAGAAGCAGGAGGAAAGUAAAAGUGCCAUUUCUAGUUUAGGUACAGAAGCAAAAAAGCACCAGUCGCACACAGAUCAAAAAGCUCUGCAGGGAACUGCCAGCAAAGGAUCUGGAGAUUUCAAUAAUAUAUCUCUGAAUGUCACCAAUGUAUCCCUGGUCCAUGCAAGUGAUAUGAAAGCGGUCACCACUUUUGGCGAAACUUCUGGAAAGAGAAUAGUUGAUCAGGAAAGUGAAUCAACAUCAGCUGCGAAAGCCAUUCCUGAAACUAGGGAGAGAGAUGAUAAAGUUGAGCAAAAUGUCACUCAAUUCAAAUCUAGAAAUGAGAUCCAUAGGGCUACUAAUGAAUCAAGGCUUCAUGAAACAACUUCACGGCAUGCCUUUGAUUCUCAAGCAUCUGCAAAAAUGGUUUCCCAAGUGGGAAUUGAACAUGUUGAUGUGGGGCAGGGGAAUGAAAGAACCUCACAGACAAUAACGAUGCCUCCGUCACCUCAAUUGUUAUCUCGAGAUUGGUUUCGUGUUAAUCUGCCCAGUGGUAUUGCAAACCAAGAGGAUUCCAGAGAACCUGCAGAAAGUGGCUCUAGUGCUCUGUAUAGAAAUUCUGGAGGGAGAACUCCACUGUUCCAGCAGGAAGCUUAUGGUAGAGAUGGGAAAGAUGAGAUAUAUGGGGAGGCUUCAAAUCUUAACUUAACUGAAGAUGCUCUUGGUUCAGCUCAUCGUUUAGAGGCAUCAUCAAUGCAGUUCGUUGGAGAGUUUGUUGAGAAGGCUAGGCAUGAAGUGUCGACUUCUGAAAUCCAAAAGGAGAAAGUUUCUGAUACAAAGUUUGCACAUGAAGUUGAGAAGCAGAGGCGAAAGAGUUCAGGUCAAUAUGGUUCUGAAGACUUGCAGUUGAAGAGGCGGGACUCAAGGCGAUCAUCUAUGGGCUCUAGAGAGAAGGGUCCUUCAGAUGAAAUGUGGCAUGUAAAAGACCCAUCUGUUCAGGAACCUCCAGAGACAGAAGCACCAUCAGGUAGUACAGAAACUGAGAGUAUUGUUGUCAGGAGAACUGAAAGGUCUGUGUGGAAUAUCAUCUCAAACAUAGUACGACUGCGAUGGGGUUCACGUGCUGAAACUCCUAAAUCAGCUCAAAAAUCAGCUGGAAAGAGUUCGUCAAAUGAUUCUGUUACUAGUGAGGCAUGGUUUUCUGGCCAUGAACCUGAUGAAACCAGUGAUGAGAAUGUGAAAAGGGAAACAAAAAGCUUGCAAAAGGGAGCAGCCUCUUCUCACCAGCUGCAACUAACACAGACUUCUAGUCCAGAUGAGGUAAAAACAUCUGACACAUUUGGAUCAAAGAACACAAUUAAACGGCUUGAAGAAGACGCUUCAUCUCCAUCAUCAAUUACAUUAAAAAACGGGUCCACAUCAAAAGGCAUUUCCUCACCUCCUGAAAAGGAAAACCUUGGUUGGAGUCAAGAUAGGAACAAUUUUCAAGUUGCUAAAUCUAGCAUGAAAGUAGGGGAAUCAUCACUAGUUCUAUUGCCUUCUGCUAGCACAAGUGGUCCCAUUGUGGAAGAAAGUUCUGGUACUGCUAAAACUAAUAUAUCUGUUAGUGGCUCAAUGGAGACGAUGGAGCAACCUGAUAGUGAAAAGUUAAUUGAAGUAUCAGGCUCUGAGGGGAAGGGUUUGGAGUUGAAACAAAGGAGGCUUCAGCGAAACAAGCAAGUCGGGAGAGACAGAUUCGAUGAAUGGGAAGAGGCUUAUUUACAUGAAAGUGAGCAGCGGAAAAUUGAUGAAAUGUUUAUGAGAGAAGCACUGCUAGAAGCCAAGAAGGCUGCCAAUUCUUGGGAGGUGCCUGUUGGGGCUGUGUUGGUGCAUCAUGGGAAGAUUAUUGCUCGUGGCUACAACCUAGUGGAGGAGUUGCGAGACUCCACUGCCCAUGCAGAAAUGAUUUGCAUACGGGAGGCAUCAAAUCAACUUCGGUCAUGGAGGCUUUCGGAUACUACUCUUUAUGUAACACUUGAACCAUGUCCUAUGUGUGCUGGAGCAAUACUUCAAGCAAGAAUAAAAACUCUUGUAUGGGGAGCUCCCAAUAAGCUUCUUGGAGCUGAUGGAAGCUGGAUUAGGCUGUUUCAUGAUGGGCGAGAUCGAAAUGACUCAGAACUGGCAGAUAAGCCAGCUGCUCCGGUCCAUCCUUUCCAUCCAAAGAUGACAAUCCGGCGAGGAAUAUUGGAAUUGGAGUGUGUAGAUGUAAUGCAGCAAUUCUUCCAGCUUAGGAGAAGGAAAAAGGAGAAGAAAGAAGAUUCCCCUCCUCAGCCUUCGUGUCUUCCCAUAACAAACCCUCAAUCUAAAAUCCUCAGAAAGAUGCAUGAUAUCUUCCACGCCAUGCUUCAUUUCUGUCUGCCACCCCCCACCAACCGUCCGUGGAAAAAAAGAAGGGUGGUUUCAUUGCCGGAGACUGGUGAAUAUCACCAGAUUUGUAGCAAAGUACGGGACCUCUCUCUCCUUAAAUUGGACAAGGACUGCUUACCAAUGUUUAGGUUGUAUGUUAGGAUCCACGUCAUGGUCUAUGCUGAGUAG